AUGGCCGAAUCAAAACCGAUCGACCAUGUUAUCGCUAUUCCGACCUUCAUCGGGUCGCUGCUGUCCUUCUUGGGUUCUGCGACGGCGCUGGUGUUCCAGAUCGCGCGUCCCCCGCGGCAUCACUUCAGGCAUUCGCUAAUCGUCAAUCUUCUGCUUGCUGAUUUCGUCUACGGCCUCGGCAACACCAUCUCCGGAGCGACCUUUCUCAUUCGCGGUCGCACACCGAGUCCGCUGUCCGCGCCGGAUACAGCAUGCCGCGUCAGUGGCUGGUUCAGCCAGUCGGAUGCUCAAGCUGUCGACUUUAACAUCCUGAUCAUUUCAAUUGUCGUUUUGAUGUCCGUUCUCAAGAAGGACUCAAUCGCGCAUCUGUCUAUGAACUGGCAGAUCGUCAUCUGCAUCUCAGCUUGGAUACCCGGCUUCAUCACCGGUACUAUCGGCCUUUUAGAGAACUCCUACGGUUACGUUAGUGGCAACUGGUGCUGGAUAAGGAGUAACAGGCUCGACCUGCGAUAUGCCCUAUCCCACGGCUGGCGCAUCGCCAUCUUCUUCAUCACGAUCCUCAUCUACACAUACGUCUAUUUCAAGCUGAGAAAAGUCUUCAAGAAUCUGAGAAGCAUCUCGGCAUCGCACGGCGGAACCCGCACGGGGAACGAUAAUCAAGCCCCGGCCCCCUCUGAUAUCGACAAUGAUACCCAAAAGAUCCUCGUCAACCAGUCCAUCUCAGUCAGCCACGAGAUGCAGCCCAUUCCCCGGACCCCGGAUGUACUGGAUGAAUGCCGCGGCGAGAGCAGCAGCACCAACGACUACAACAGCAACAACGGCACAAGUCAGACAAGAGUCGUUAUUCAAACGACUCAAAUCAGCAACGACACGCCUUUCGAGGCUUCUCGCAUGCCGGCUGCACCAAACGUUAAGAAGAUGCUGCUCAUGAACGGGUACCCGCUGGCCUAUAUUAUUCUCUGGAUUCCCGGCAUUGCCAAUAGGCUGGCUGAGUCUGUCGGUGGCUCGCCGCGCUGGCUCAGCGCGCUGCAAGCGUCGACGCAGUAUAUUGGCCUCAUCAACGCCAUGACGUACGGCAUGAACGAGCAGAUGCGACGAGGCGUGUGGAAGAGGCUGAAGGACCCCAGCGGGCGAGGCAAUGCUUGA